UGACCAGUGAAUGCAGAGGGCGCGCUUUAUGAACAUCACAUGCACAGUCACUCAUGUCUGCAUGUCACUGUGACCGAUUGCUGGCGUGUUUGUGAUUUAAUGAGCGCUUGAUAACUUUAUUGUAAAUGAACUUGAGAUGCAAUGGCGACGGCUACAAAGGUUGAAUUUGCUGUGCAGAUGACAUGCCAGAAAUGUGUCGAUAGCAUCAGCAAGGCAUUAGAAGGAGUUGAUGGAGUGUCGUCAUUGGACAUCAAUCUAGCCCAGGAGCAGGUGGUCAUUGAAAGCAUCCUGCCAUCUUCUGAGUUGCUGGAACUACUUGAGAAUACAGGCAGGCGAGCAGUGGUCAAAGGUCAUGGAGUGUCUAACGGCAAGCAUCUUGGUGCAGCAGUAUCCGUCUUAGACACCCCCCGCGACGGGCCCGUGGCUGGGGUCAUCCGGAUGGUCCAAUUAGCCGAGAAUCGUUGCAUCAUCGAGGGUACUGUUGACGGUCUCACGCCAGGGGUGCAUGGGUUGAAUGUCCAUGAAUAUGGUGACAUCUCUGAUGGAUGCAACAGUUGUGGAAUGCACUUCAAUCCAACCAACUCCAGGCAUGGAGGACCAGAAGAUGAAGAAAGGCAUGAUGGAGACUUGGGGAAUGUGAUCGCUGGUGAGGAUGGACGAGCAAGAUUCCGCAUGGAAAAUGACAGAAUUAAGGUUUGGGAUGUGAUAGGACGCUGCAUGGUCAUUCAUAGCGGAGAAGACGAUUUGGGACAAGGCGGGAAACCCAACUCUAAAACAGAUGGCAACAGCGGACCAGGCCUUGCCUGUGGGAUCAUUGCCAGAUCGGCCGGGCUGUUUGAAAACACCAAGAAAAUCUGCCAGUGUGACGGAGUGGCCGUGUGGGACGAGAGAGAUGUCCCAUUGGCCGGCCCAAGCCGACAGCGGCACGGCCAGAGCCAAUUGUAGCAAUGUGUGAUGAUUGGCAUGCGAAUAAAUCUGGUAUAUGAAUAUUCAUGUCCCAUGGGCUGGCCCAAGCCGACAGUGGCACAGCUAGAAAUAGAGCCAAUUGUAGAAUCAUGUGAUUGAUAUGCAAAUAGAUCAUUGACAUGAAUAUUCAUAUCCCAUUGGCUGGCCCAAGCUGAACAUGGCACAGCCAGAACCAAAGCCAAUUACAGCAUUGUGUGAUGAUUGAUAUGCAAAUUGCCUCACAUGAAUAUUCAUAUCCCAUUGGCUGGCCGAGGCCAACCAUGGCACAGCCAGAACCAGAGCCAAUUGUAGCCCUGUGGGACCUUAGGGAAAUACACCACUGUAAUUUGUUUUUGUUCUUUGUGUUAAGUUCAGUCUAUGUCAUUGUUGAUUUCAUCUUAA